AUGGCUCAUGCACUUCGUCGUAUAUCGUAUGCUACAUGUGACCCAGACAAUUUUCAGUUUGCUUUCCUAGCUAGGGAACCAAAAGCUCAACCAAAUAUUCAGUACUGUCAUGCGUUUGUCACAGCAACACCUGAAGCGGCAGAAGAACUUAAUACAAUAAUGGGGGAAGCUUUUCGUUUGGCAUAUGCCCAACAACGCCUUAAUGCAGCCUCUAAUAAUCCGAUUGUGUUUCAACCUUCCACUAUAAGUUCAUCAUUAUUUCAGACUCAGCAAACUCCUGUAAAUGUCACUCGUUCCGUUUCCACAGGUCAAAAUGUUUCGGUUAGCCUCAACUCUCCAAAUCAAGGUGCACAAACUGUCAGUACAAAUCCCAGCAAUGAUAGCCAAAUAAUCAUAUCCAAUAAACCUUUACCGCCUUUACCAGAAACUGAACAGUGUGUGGCUGCAUGUGAUGAGGAGAACAUUCAGUCGAAUGUUGGCAACGUCACUGAUAAACAACGAGGAAAUAAAGCUCACAAACAUAAACACCACAAACACCAUCAUCGUCAUAAAUUACGGGAUGCAACAACAAGCACAAGUGAACAAGCUGUUGGAGUUGGUGAUUCUAUUGAGGCAGUAGUACAAAAAAACAGUGAAAUGGAAAGGUUUAUAGAAAAGAAUGAACAGUUGAAACCACCACCUCCUCCUCCGCGUAGUCAGUCAUCUGUGACACCAUCUGCUCAAGGUCAAGUUCUAAACACUGCAUCAUCUACUGUAAAUCACAUGAACCAAGAUGUUGAUUCAGGGAAUUCAGGUGUUAAACGCAAUGAUAGACUAUCUGAAACUGUCGCAAACAAAAGUGUAGAGAAUCCUAACGAUGCUCCACCUUUGAGGCCUAAAUCUGUGAAUACUCAAUUACCACAACAUUUUUAUGAUAUGGCUGAUCAUCGAAGUUGUGGCGGUAUUUCAUUCGACAAAGAAACUCUUACCACCAAUGAUGAAAAAGACAUUCAAGAAUGUAAUCCUGAAUUCACUACUGAUAGUGUUCUUGCCAAUACGUCUACAGCAACAACAACAUCUUCAUCAACUACUGGCUGUUCAACUGCAACAUCUGGCUCAGGUUGUUUAGGCUCAGGUUCUGAUAACAGUUUACCAGCUGGGAAGCGUUGUACUUGUGUUCCAGGUUGCUCCAGUUGUGAACAUGCCUGUGUAACGGCGGUCAAUAAUAAUAAUGCAAAUCCUGGAAACAAUAAUAAUAAUAACAGCAGCAACAACAACAAACUGUUGAAACCCAAUGAUCAUCAUUUACCUGUUCCUCCUACAUCUCCAUGCUCUACUCCAAACUUUUCUUCACGAAAUAUUGUAGAUGAUGUCAAUGAAUUGUCCCAUGCACCUUGGUACCUUCCAAAUCUACCACGUGAUAAAGCCUUGGAAAUGCUUGCCAAACAACCCCCUGGCAGCUUUGUUGUACGAGAUAGUGGAAGUCAUCCAAAUAGUUAUGCCUUGUCAGUACGGUCCAGUAGUGAUCAUCCAGUCGGUAGUUGUUUCCAUUCCAGACAAUCACAAGUUCCAAUAAGUCGAAUGAAAGAUGUGCUUCCUUCAUUGGGAUCAGUCUAUCCAUCUUCUGCCAGUGGAAUAACUCAUUUUCUAAUUCAAAAGACACCAGGAGGCGGUGUCAAGCUUAAAGGUUUAGACAAAGAAUGGCCAUCUCUUGCUUGUCUUGUACUACAUCUAACUGUGAUGCCUGAAAUGCUUCCUUGUCCACUAAGACUGCCAAGAGCAACGGCUAAUCCCACCUUCUCACCUGUAGAUCAUUGUGGUAAUACAGAUUUCGAGAAGCCUCCAAAUGUUACACCAUCCCAUUUUCGUCCAAUGGGUGGUAAUAACGCUUUACACCGUGGGGCAGAUACAAUUUCCCUCGAUGAAGCUUUAGCUCGUAUGACAGACGAAGAUGAAGACUAUCAAAGACUGUCUGAUUUCUCUUCCAUUAUGGCUGAUUUGAAAUUACAGCCUAGAAAUAUGAUUAGAAAACAGAAAAAUUCAUCUUCUAAAUCCGGUGGUCGAGCUAGGUAA